UCCAAUAAUGUCGGUUCCGGUAGCCCUGUGUGUUCUCCUGGCUGGAACCCUGUCCCUCGUUGAGGGGGACGUGCUGGCCAACUUCGAGGACAUCCCGGAGUGUGUUGAGUAUUUCUACCUGGGGAAAGUACCGGGCUGGGGUGCUGCCACCCCCGGCGCUGCCCGCCUGUGCCAGCGCUUCUACAACAGGUACCACUUUGCCACGCUGUACGACACCAACCACCGCAUUGCCGUGUAUUCAGCCUACCGCUUCCAGCCCAGCAACGGAGGAGGCAGGGAGAAGCGCUGGUUUGUGGAGCCACAGCUCGUGAACCUUACGUGGGGUGCAGAGAUGAAGGAUGGGUACUGGCUGGGGAAAGAUCACCCUGGGGUUUACCUGGGCGAGAGACAGGCACUCAAUGAGGACUACACCCACUCUGGCUUCGACCGUGGCCAUCUCAACCCCAAUGGACACCAUGCAGUCCCCAGUCGUAACGCCACCUUCACCCUGACCAACGUGGUGCCCCAGAACCCCAAGCUCAACCAGAACGCCUGGGCCCGCCACGAGUCCCAGCUCACCGACCUGUUCAAGGCCCAGUGCGCCCAGGCCUACGUGCUGGCGGGCGCCAUCCCCUCCACAGACAACUGGAUUGUCAAGGACAACGUCCGACGCGUCAACAUCCCCGAGUACAUCUGGAACGCCUACUGCUGUGUGGACAACAACGGUGAGCCUGUCCGUAGCGGUGGCGCCACCGCCCUCAACACCGAGCAGAACCGAGUGGACCAGCGCUCGCUGCUGGAGCUGAACGGUUUCCUGCAGCAGUACUCCAACGCGCCAGUGGGGGAGCUGUUUCACAACAACUGCCAGGCAGUGCCCGAGGAGUAGUUUCUCCCACUCCUGGGUUUCUAAUCCGUAUUUGACAGUGGCAAUGUGAGCUAAAACUUCAGUUCACACAUAAGUUUCAGUCUUUCAGCCAAGUCAAGUGCUUCCUACUGUGAAA